GAUUACUGAGGAGCCAUGCAGAGGAGGCGUCCUGUCCCGGAGUUCGUUUGCCAUGGCUAAGGUGGACGUGAAGAAGCUGCACUGGCGAUCUAAAGUGCAGGAGAGCUUCGUUCCUCUGUUAGGCAGCUCAGGAGAACUGGGCGUGGCCAUUGGCGGUGGCGCAGACUAUGGCGAGUUUCCGUUUGUCACAGCUGCGCCGGGAGGCGGGAUCACAGUUGGUGAUAUCAUUUUGGAGAUCGGAGGGACACCUGUUCUAGGGAUGACCUUGGGUGAUGUCCGUGGCGUGCUCAACUCCUGCCCCCAUCCUAUUCGCAUCAAGACUGUUACACCAGACUCAACACUGUGUAAGGAUCUGAGGCUGUAUCUGAGUAAAUGUUUCACACCUGGUUGCGUGGACAGUCAACUCCAACAAGUCAUACGGGAAAAUCUCUAUCUGCGUGCAGUACCAUGUACGACCAGACAGCCUCGAGACGGCGAGAUCUCAGGAGUGGAUUAUAACUUUGUGUCUGUUGAAGAGUUCUUCUCUUUAGAGGAGUCGGGAGCUCUACUGGAGAGUGGCAAAUUCAAAGGGAACUACUACGGAACCCCUCGACCAAUCCACAUCAGUCCCGACAGUCCCCCCAUAACCUACCAGGAGCACCGCAAGCUUCUACGGAACUUCCGCACACGCAGCAAAUCCCUCAGUAACCUGGAGAAAGCGGCAGAGGAAGGGUACAACAGUGAGGGAGACUCUGGGCUGUCAGGUGGCUCAGGAGGUGCCAGCAGUGUUCCCGUCCCGACCUCAUCCCCCAGCCAGUCUCGUGACUCCAGUGGAGCGGACGGCAGUGCCUUUGAGAACGGGAGCAGGCACAGAAGAGGACCACAGAGGGCGGGGCUUGAGACCUGGGAAAUGACCUACAGUGACUCAGGGGAACCAUACUACACAGAUCAUCAGCCGAAGCCAGCUUACUGGCACAGCCGGCGCACAUCGAGCCGAGAGUCGGUUUUCAUGACUGAAUUGGGCGAGUUCACAGAUCAGCCAAGUGAGUUGAGAGGAUACUCGGUCCACACUCGGGUGUGUAAAGGACCUCAGGGCUUCGGCUUUAACAUUGCUGGCGGCAGCCGGCCUCGAGAGUUCUUACAGAUAUACAGCAUUACACCUGGAGGGCCAUCAACUCUUAACACCGGGGAUAUUCUGGUGUACAUUAACGGCACCUGUGUGCUGGGCUACUCUUAUAAAGAAGUAGUGGAAAUGCUGAAGGUUGUGUCUAUGGGUCAGAGCGUGGACAUGGUGGUCCGUAGAGGCUACCCAAUACUCUAUGCCCCUGAUGGCAGCCCUAGAUUGUCUCGGGAGACUACUUCACAACCUUCACCUCUUCCAACCACCACCCAGCCCAAAGCCCAGGCCCUGCUCCCACAACCACAGACACUUCUCAAUCACAGUGGGCUUAUGUACAAUGCAGAGGGACCAUACCCUAGAGCCUAUGGAAGAAGUGCAUCCAGGUUUAGCCUGGACGGCAAUGGAAAUGCUUCACAUUGUUCACCACCUCCGAGAAUGCCGUCUUCUUACCAAUACUCCAGAGAGGGAGAGAGUGAUAUCAUGAGGCUGCAACAUUCCCAAAGAAGAAUCAGGCAGCUGCAGAGAGCGGAUCUGGCCAGCCAGAGUGACAGUGAAGUGGUUUCAGCUAUAGGAUCACACAGAGCCUCCUUUAUCCGAAACCACAACAACAACUCGCUCUACCCACCAUCACCUUUGCGCUUUUACUCUACCAAAUCCUCUGACAGUGACCUUUCCUCCUAUGCCCCAAGCCCGCCCCUCUCUCGUUUGCCCCUCCCCCAAACAGAAUCAGGCCACGCCUCUGUCUCCUCCUCCCCUGGUGGAGGGAGACAAUACUCACACUUUCAAAAUGGCCAAUACUGCCUGCUCACUCCUCCCACCAGCGUACACUCUGAUGGGCCGUACUUCAAUUUCAGCAGCGCCAACAGCGCCAGUCCAAGCAGCAGCGUCCCAUCACCAGGGGCAGUGAGCAAUGGUGGGGGCAGGGAGCUGGUGCCCAUCGCCCUGGCAAAGUGCAAACAAGAUGAGGGUUUAGGGUUCAGCCUGAUGGCAGGCGGACAAGGAGGCAGGACAGCAGUGGUGAAGAGAGUGUGGGACCGGCAGCAGUGUAACGGCCUCCAACCUGGAGACGCCAUUGUCAAGAUCAACGGAGCUGAUGUGCAGAACCUCAGCUUCAUUCAGGUCCAUCGUAUUUUGGAAGAACACACCAAAAAUGGAGAGGUCGUUCUGCUAGUUCAGAGAGGAGGAUCCAUAUAUUCUUCCAUUUCUCCAAAGUUUAGGCGUCAACACAGCCCCACCCUGCCACGCCCUGCCUCUGCCUCUCAGAUCCUGCUUACUGAUACUCCACCUCUGAUACGGAAGUCCCUUACUCCCCCUCCUCAAUCUCUGGUGCGCUCUUCAUUAGUCCAGAGCACCAGUUUCUUAGACUCUGUACCUGUCACACUAACGCUGGAGCCUCGCGAUUGGAUAAGUACUGAGGAGGGCGGGACUACACUCAAUCCCAGACUGAAGACAGAAGAGAAGAGCCGGCCGCCUAUGCCACGGGGAUUUGAGGUGGAGCUGAAGAGGAGGCCAGGAGAGGGAUUUGGAUUUGUGAUUGCGUCACAGGAUGUGGAGAACGGCAAAGCGGCGUCUCUGCUGCCUCACCGGUUUGUGACAGUACGUCGUGGCAGUCCUGCAGCCCGAAGUGGCCUGAUUCGGCCCGGGGAUCGGUUGGAGUCAGUAGAGGGACGCAGCGUGGUCAAUCUGCCCCACAGAGAGCUGGCACAGAUACUGCGCAGAGCAGGCAAUACUUUGCGUCUGACCAUAGUCCCACGCUCCAGCGCCCAUUCCUCUGAGCACUCAGACAGUGAUCCCCAUCACAGAAGCAGAAAACCUCACAGGUCCAAACCAAAGGACACAUCACGGUACUACAGUGUGGAGUUAGAGAGAGGCCCCACUGGUUUUGGGUUCAGUCUGAGAGGAGGUAGUGAAUAUAACAUGGAUCUUUAUGUUCUGGGCCUGAUGGAAGGAGGACCAGCCUCGAGCAGCCGGAAGAUGCAGGUGAGUGACCAGUUAGUGGAGAUCAAUGGGAACAGCACAGCAGGUAUGAGCCACAGUCAGGCUGUGGAGCAGAUCAGAACUGCAGGCCAUAAGAUUCAUCUUGUCCUGAAAAAAGGCAAUGGAUAUGUUCCUGACUACGGCCAUGAUCACAGAGCAGCCGUCUCCUCCCUGCCCUCAGCCCUGCAGCCGGAUCUGGUUGCAGUGAAUCACGAUUAACCCUGUCUGAAUUCCACAUCCAGUCCUCCAAGAAUAGGCAGGACCUGUGGCCAGAGAGGAAGGAUGGAGAACCAGGGCCAGGAGGACAGCUCCAUGAACACAGGCCACAGGUCAAAGGACAGGAGGAGACAAAACUCCCACAGUUUACCCAGAAAUAUCCACGGAAGACACAGCGACGGAGAAGAUAUCAGUGAACCAGCGACGAGAGGACAAUACAGGCAGAGAAACAUGAGAGAGGAGACAGAGAGGAGUAGUAAAAGUGAGGAGAGAAGGAGACAACCAAAAAAUGAGAGUGAGGAAGAGACUUAGGGAGAGGAAGAGCAGCACAACAGAGAGUUCAAGAAAGAAAAAAUGGACAUGCCUAUUUAUACAGAGUUGAGUCAGAAAUGGAAUGAGGAAGAAAAAAAGAAGUUUGACAGCAAGGAAUGGGGCGAAAUGGAAAACAGGAAAGAGGAGAGCUCUUGGGGAAAUUUGGAAGGUGGACAGUACAAGGAGAGGAGAGAUGGGCAGGAGAUGGAAGGUGAGUCAAAAAGUGAGACACACACGCAAAUGCUGCCAGAUGUUUGGGGGAGAGAGAGAACAUAGCAACAGGAAGUUGAUACUCAGCCCAAUGUUGGCAUGUCUUUGCCAGGGCAAGAAAAGGUUCACUCCAACCACCUCUCUGCCCAUGAAUCCCAUCAAGUCCCAUUCUCCUUUCUCAUGUCCCAUGAACUCCAACUCACAGGGCCAGCAUCUGAAAUGAGUAGGUUGAUUGCUGGUGGCUCAGGUCCCAGUCUCCCUAAUUUCUUUACCUAUGAAAGGUACGGUUCAGGAGCCACAAGCACUACAAUGCCAAGUCAGUGGCUCAAAUCCAGUCUGCACAUGCUCAGUAAACAGACUGAUGGGAAGAAGAAAAGACCAAGCAGUGAGAGAGAAUUCCGUCACCUCACAGUUCUGAAUUGAUGCAAUUUUUGCCAUAUAACAUCAGGUCGGGUGGUACGGUGGUGUAGUGGUUAGCACUGUUGCCUCACAGCAAGAAGGUUCUGGAUUCAAGCCCAGUGGCUGACGGGGGCCUUUCUGUGUGGAGUUUGCAUGUUCUCCCCGUGUCUGCGUGGGAUUCCUCCGGAUGCUCUGGUUUCCCCCACAGUCCAAAGACACGUGGUUAGGUUAACUGGCUAAUCUAAAUUAUCCAUAGGUGUGAAUGGUUGAGAAGAGGAAACCUCUAUAAUAAUCCAGUAGAAGGCAACAGGAAACCACUACUGUAAUUCUUCCCUAGAAACUUUGAUGGCUGGAGCUGCCAGAGCAGCCAUGUCACUGCAGUGAUAUGCCAAAUAGAGAGAGAAUAUCAGAUCAACUACUUGAAAUCUUUUAACAAAUUAAAAUAGGCUAUUAUAAGUAGCUAUUGGGCCACCUUAAUAUUUUCAAAUCAGAACGAGGAAUGUUCAGGGUUUUUCUUUUUUAUUUCUUACACUUUUUGAGACUACCGCCAUAUUGUGGUCCUUAUACUAAUGCUAAAUAAGAAGAAUAUAAUGUGCUAAAAUAUGUGUAAGGAUGAGCUUUUCUCUCCUGCCAUUUCAUCUUUCUGUCUCUUGCUUUUCUUCCUCAGUUGAAUGCUUGAGGGACGUUUUCUGUCCCUGUGUUUUUGUCAUACGUUGUGCCUGUUUUUAGAUUCUGCUUGUUGUGUACUACUCUUCCUCUUCGCUCUGGGCCAACUUUGCUCUUUUCUCUCUGCUCUUUAAUUGUCUGACUUUUUCUGAAGCCAUUUAUUAUAGAAGGGAAGACUGGUUGAAUAAGGAUAUAGUCUUGUUUCAGAAUGUGGGGCAAACACGAAGCAAUAAAAUGCCACAAGCCAAGAUUUUUGAUAUGCAAAAAAAAAAAAAAGGUAUGUGUUAUGUAUAUUAGACAUUUCCCAUUACAAAUCAUAUGUAUGGCGUCAAUCAUUUUGGGGUGUGCUGUUGUAGGAAAGUAAUUCAAAAUGAGGUGACGUGACCCAGACCGACACAAAGCAAAAGUUACCAUUAGCACCCAGAAGACGAAUUAUUUCCUAUAGCAGCAUGAUGCAAAGUGUUUUAUUCCACUUAUACCACAGCAUUCCCAACAAUUACAAUUUUUAAUUUAUUAAUGAACAACAUGCCAGAGUUAACCAUUGUAGCUGUUAUGAAACAUUCACAAGAGAGGUUAAGCAGCUAUAAAGUCAUUCCUUCACCAGACUCACUUUUUUCUUUCUCAUGACAAAAAACUGUAGCUUGUCAGGUUAAAAUGGAGCCACAAAUCUCAAAUUCCUCCUGAAGACUCUCCUGUAGCAGAAAACUCAUCUCAUCUCAUCAUCUCUAGCCGCUUUAUCCUGUUCUACAGGGUCGCAGGCAAGCUGGAGCCUAUCCCAGCUGACUACGGGCGAAAGGCGGGGUACACCCUGGACGAGUCGCCAGGUCAUCGCAGGGCUAGCA